CAAACUGUGACCUUGAAGAAGUCUUACUCAGAGUUUUCGUCACAACCAAAAGGAUGCAGGCCUCCAGAGCUGAACCCAAGAAUGAACAUCCUUGUGAUUACCCACAGUUAUUAACUAUCCAGUCUUCACCGUCCGAAGACCCAGCAGGAAACCAAAUUUACCAUGUAAUCGAUGAAAGAAGACGACAACAACCUACGAAAAAUAUUGCUAUAAGCCGUCAUGUCUUAUCCGCUAUGAUAGCUGUUCUGGCAUUAUCCUUCUUGACAAUGGUUGCUACAUUAAUUUUAACUAUAAUGAUGAUGCCUACAGGAGCAAGUGAAACUAAAGGUAAUUUUUAGAUACUAAUUUGAAGUGAUUUUCUGUAACUCUGGCAGGCUCAAAGUUCGAAAAUUAGAUUCGAGUUUUACCCCUAUACCACGAUACUUCGAUUCCGCCAAUUCUUGGUAUGUAGUCUUGAAAUGGUAUCCUAAAACUGAAUUGAUGUUGAUUUAUUCGCUUUAAAUUCUCUUAUCUUUACUUUGAAAGAUAUCGAGAGGAGUCUUCGAGGAACCGCAGUACUCCCUCUUAAGGCAUUAAUUCAGUUGUUAAUUAAGGCUUUUUCGCUGAAAAUAAUCUAAUCAUUACUGAUACAGCUGUAAAAGACUAUCCUGCACUUCUGAUCUACUAACAUUAGGAUGAAAACAGUUAAGUCUAUGAUACGAACGACUUAAACGCCAAACAGCAUAUUUUAGGUACUUAGAAUGUAUCGCCCAAUGUAAGGUAAUCCGGAUUCUGGAAUCCAGGAAAUUUUUGCGUUUGGAAUCCGAAAUAGGAAUUCAUAGCGGAUAGGGAAGCGUAAUUGGUAAUUGAGAGCUUGCUCGCAGGCUAUGUACGUAAUUUGUAAUAUAAUUAACAAAAUGAAAUGGACAGCCAUCAAUGACACAGCCCCUUUUUUACGCGCUUCUCUCUUGCCGGUUUAAACUUCCCGCGUGGCUCUAUAACUCGUUUGACCCUCAGGAUAAGCAUGAACCAGUUCUUCCUUAAUUAUACCGGGGUGUUUCCCCUGUAGCAAAUCCAACUAAAAGUGCUUCUUCCUCUACCAUAUAUGUUUCUGGUCAAAUUGGUAUUAGAAGCUUCAAUGUAAACUGAUUAUUUAUCUGUUACACAGGCAUGGCUGAGGAGAUACAACGGCUGAUCGAGUUAAGUCAUAAAAUAAUAGCUUCGAAGGCAAAUGAAACUGGAAGAGAACCUAGAGUGUUUGAUAAAGGUAGGGUGAAGCCAGCUUGCAAAAAGUGAAGAGUAGAAGUUGUAACCAAACUGAUCACUCCUUUUCCGAAACCAUAUUUAUCUUGAAGAGAAAAUUAAUUUUAUGUAGUAAUAGUCAUUGAUAUAGAUUGCAAGUUCUAUGAAGUUCUGUGAAGGAAUGAGUGUCUUAAUUGCUUGAUACUAGGAGAACCCGAGGUGGUCCCGUUACGUUUCAUUAGAAAGGGGUUGUAUGAGAUUUCUACCAAUUCUAGAGUAAGACUACCCUACAAUCAUGGAAAAAAGUCUUGGGACAAGUUUGUUCUUUUAACACUUUUUUACACACACACACGCACACCAAACAAACAGUCGCUUGCGAAUGCACCUAGACUUGCUCAGCACCUCCCCUCUACCUACAAUGUGGGCCAUUCUACACCAACGCAUGUUAGAAAGGGUAGGCAUUGCUUGUUCAAACUUCAGUUGUAAAAUAUUUACACUAGAAAUACGUGUCUCGCAAAGCCUCGAGGAAACUCAGUGUGCCACUCAAGUUAAACUUGCUUGACGGGGUUGGAGAUAUCUAUUGAGCCUACUUGUGUUUCUGCAUCACGGUGCGAAGCUCGCACGUUCCACGCGCGAGUUAGGAACCUCGGCUACGCGAGGGCAUUCCAUUCUCUCUCCGCGAGGAGUAAUUCAUGGCCUAACCUUAUCGUCCUAAGGAGUUUUGGAUACAAUUGUAGAAUUAAACUACUUACACUCGUUGAUGCAAAAAUGGCCCCUCCUGCCUCUAAACAUAGCGUGCGGGAAGCGCAAGAAAUUGAAUUUGACUUAAUUUUGAUUGACCUGACCAGUGUUAUUUGUCGUCUGUCGGUUAUUGGCUGUGAGGACUCUAAUUUCGAUCCAUCUUUUGUCACAGUUACAACGGUCGUUUUAUUGUUAGUCAAAUUGUCAGUUGUCCAUUCACUCUACUGAAGCCAGUCUUGCUUGAGUCCGUUGAUAAGUCGUUUUGAAGGUGCUGGUAACUUCUGACUACGAUUCAGCUGCGUUUGUUCCCAGUUGGUAAAUCAGCUUUCUAAAGUGAAUCGUUGAUAGCAGUCUGAGAAAUACGUAAGGCAGGUCGUAGAGUCAGUGUCGAUUUGGUGGUUCGUCUGUAACUGGUGUUCAACAAUGUCAUCACAGCCAUAAACAUCACGGCUUAACUGACAGAUGAACAACAACAUCACGACUUAAUUUACCAGCCAGAUCGAUAAACUACGUCUAUAACUAGAAAUACGUGUAUCGCAGAACUUCGAGAGGCUCAGGCCCAUAAAAUGACAGGGAUGGGAGGGCGGGAUUCAACACUGGCUCUAAUAUGACUAAUAUUGGAAGGUGAGGUGUACUUAAUCUCCUUUUGGUUGGAGUAAAUUUGGACCCAGUUCUUUGGCUAAAAGGAUCUUCUUUGAUUUAAAUGGGAUUGCUGUUGUCGAGGAAAGGCAGCCAAUGUUGCAUUAGUCCCGUGUUCACCCCAUUUGACCCUUCUAGAUGUGUAAUUAUAGUAAAAGGAAGUGGGUGUGAUAGUGAAUAACUGCAAGCUAAUAUGCAGUUGCAUUUGCUUAAUAUUUGGGUUAGAUGGCAUCUCUAAUAAUAAGUGUAAUUAUAAUUCACUAUUUGUGAAGUGUGUCAGUAGUAGUGAGUGGAUGAAAUUGUAUGAGAUUAUGCUGCGAUGAAAACAACAAGUAAAUGCUGGUAAUUGAAGGAAAAAAAUAUAUUAUAUUGUUAAGUGCGCUACAGCAAUGAGAGCGUUUGCACUUGUUUUAGUUCAUAAUCACACUGACAAAUAAUUGUUUGUAAGUAACAGUAAGGUGCAAACAUAAUCACCGAAAUAUAAAUUACAUGUAGCAAUGUCUUAAAUGUUCAUGAGAAUUAUGAAAGUGAUCACGACUAUUAAACGCAAGAGUGAACAUUACAGAAACGCGCCCAUUGAAAAACGUCGCCCGUGAAAAGUGGGGUACCCAUUAGGCUUUGCGAGCAAAAACGAAGUUUCAAAGACUACCGUCGUUUUCGGUCUCUUAUGAACUUCAUAGCGGUUAACUAUUCUCACACUUUCAAGAGACAAUGCAGAAACAAUAGAAGUAGGUUGCCAUUGUUUUAAGUGUUGGAAUGUCUUUGUCAGUGCUUCAAGUUUAUGCAAAGAGAAGCAUUUUUCUUCCUCGUACACUAACAUAAAACCCUCGCGAAUUCGGUAGUCUCGUGCGAAUCGUUUUGAUGGCAAAACAGUUAAAGCUAAUCAGAAACCAAAGUAUUCUUCACUUAAAAACUCAUCUUCACGAAAAUCACUCGAUAAGAUUGAAUAAAAUUGUUUGCAGCGUUUAUAAAUAUUAUUAUCAGAAGCGGUAUUGUAGUUGUCUUCAAGAAACGGAUUAGAUCGCUGUUUAGGUUUGGCCGUUAAAUAUGUAGUUAUAGCGUUCUUAAAGAAAGUAUCGCUGUUAAUUUUGCCUUAUACUUUGCUAAAAUCAAUAUCUUAAAUGAAGAAUGUAAGUGAGAGUGCUUUAUCGUCGAAUUUGCCCGUAAAUUUUAAGGUUUAUAAUAUUAUCCAAAACCCGUGACAAAAUGUAAACAAACUAUUAACGCAUCGGUUGCGUUCGUAUUUCAUCGAUCGAUUCGAACACCAAGAAGUUUGUAAAAGGUAAAAAUUCAUUUUAAGUCAGUGCAUUGAAUUAUUUACGGCAACGUCAACAACAAUCAUCGAGGAUUUUUCAAUUUUGAAGCAUUUAACAGCAAAAAGUCACAUGCUAAUUCGGAGUAAAUUUAGACAGUUUUUAAACAGACUGAGCUAUUGUUAGUCGCGUAAAGUUCUAUUCUUCAUCGAAGAAUAGGCAAAUGUUGCGGAUGUCUGAGCAGGAACAAUAACCAGGAAAGGGAUAUGCCCAGGGGAUUUCUUGAUUGACACUAAAUUAACGUCAUAAAUGUCCACGUACAAGUCAUGUUGAAGGUGGUCAGUUUCUCAAUUCUCAACAUGCAUGAGCUUGUUGAGACAUGGUUGCCAGACGCUUAGGUUUUGAAAUUCCUAAACUGAUCAUGACAGCCAAAUGUACACUUUCCUGACCAAAUGAAUUGACAAUUUGUGCAGACAAUGGCUUCUAAACUCCGGUCAAAACCUCGUGUAGUGGACACAAAUGACGUAAGACAAAACACUUCUUUGUUGCCUGUUCAGGGAAAAAUCUGCUUGGUAUUGUUUCAUGGUUUUUGUUCUUUUGUUUUACGUCAUCUGUGUCGGGUACACGAAGUAAAUGACGAAACUCCCAUCACAGCCGGCUAUCCUCUCCACCCAUUUAUUACAUGAAUUUAUCGUGAAUGUAAAGUGCAGAAUGGAUAGAUCUUAUAGGAAACCCUAUAUCUGCUUGUCGUUUAAUUUCAUGAAACAAUAUUCUGCCAAUGGAACAUGUUUAACUUCUGUGAGUAUGUCUCCUCCCUCUGACUUCUUUGAAAGAGUUAAAUUUUCCCUGACUCAUAUUGUCAUACAUGUCGCACACUAAUAUUCUGAGGAGAUCCGAAAUACACAUGUUAUUUUGAUUUCUCAAUCUCACAAGCUCAUUUAAGUUUUACAUCCCCUUAUGACUACCACUCACUACAGUGUGAACUCACCCCACCCCUCCCCAUCGAACGCACUCCCCAAAUUGGCAAUUAUUACUAGUAUAAACCUAUUCCUUUUUUCGCUCUUCUCUUUGCCGUCGCCGUCACCGUCGUCGUUGCUCAAGCUCCCUAUUGUUGUGAUCUGGUAAUUUUGCUACCAUGGUAGCGUGACGUCACACGUCUCGUCUCUAUUUUAAAUAAUUUUAAGGUCAUCUUUCCUGAACAGCUAAGAACUGUGCUGAGCUAUACAAAGCUGGCAAAAGAAUCAGCCGCGUGUACACAAUCGACCCUGAUGGUGAAGGUGCCUUUGAAGUGUUCUGUGAUCAAAAAACAAGCGGAGGGGGGUGGACAGUGUUCCAGAAGAGACUGGACGGCUCGGUUUCUUUCUACCGUGACUGGGAUGACUACAAAAAUGGGUUUGGUAACCUGAAUGGUGAGUUCUGGCUUGGAUUGGACAAGAUUUACCGCCUGACGGAAAAGAAACGCAACCGGCUUCGAGUUGAUCUGGAGGAAACUACAGGCAACACUGCUUACGCUGAAUAUGACAUGUUUGCAGUUACAAACGAAGCGACUAAAUACAAGCUCAGUCUAGGAAAUUACUCAGGUAUCGUGCUUGGAAUGUAUUUAAUUUUGAUGUAUAGUAUUUUGUCUUCGUGUCUUAAUUAUUCGUUCAAAGCUUGGUUGUUGGCGGUUUCUUGACUUCUUGCAAACUUGAAAACUCUAGGAAGUUUCAAAAGGAGCUAAGUUACUUUUCCAAACGUAGCCCCUUUCUUGUACUUCAAUGCUAGAUUAUAUUCAGGUAUUCUACUCCAAACAUUCCUGGUAAAAUGACCUUGUAUGACCCCUAGGAACUGCUGGUGACUCAUUAACGAGGUGGCAUCGAGACCAGCCGUUUAGCACCAGAGACCAAGAUCAUGAUGCCGCCCCACGUAACUGCGCUGUGGUCUACAGAGGAGCCUGGUGGUACUAUCGUUGCCAUCAUUCAAACUUGAAUGGUUUUUAUUACAACGGUUCACAUUCAUCAUAUGGUGAUGGUGUCAACUGGCAUUCAUGGAAAGGAUAUAACUACUCUGCCAAGAGAGCUGAGAUGAAAAUCAGACCGGUCAACUUUUAGAACUUUUACGGAACCCUAGGACGUCUUGUUUCCGUUAUAGUUUCCAUGUAACAAACAAAAUUUCAUAGUAAAAUGCCGUAUUUACUCGAAUAAGCACCGCCCUCAAAUAAGUGCCGCAUUUGGGACAAAAAUACUGAGUUAAUAGGCGCCUCCCCCAAAUAAGCUGCGCGGCCCCGAUGCAAGCAAAACCAAAAGACGUUUCUUUCAUAAAAUGAAAUAAUAUCGGUAACUGAAAAGAAGCAAAGAAGUAGCGUCCAACUUUCAAAUAAGAGCCACUUCGAAUAAGCACCACAUUUGAGAAGUGAAAAUUUUAAUAAGCAUCGCUGCGCUUAUUCGAGUAGAUACGGUUAUGUCAAAGGAAUCACUGAUUAUAAAACAACUUUGACCCAUUUUCAUUGCCAUCGCAUUCUAAGGGGUCUUAGCAAUACAUCAGCAUGCGAUUUCCAAUGUAGGUUCGGGCAUAUGAUAACCCGAGAGGCGGGGACUCUCAUAUCGUCCCAGGGCAACUCGAGUCUUCGAAAUUACAAGGGCUUCAGUAUUAUUUUCCCGAAAAUUUUAGAUGCAAUUUAACGUAUUACGAAGGUGAGAAUUUUUCUGAUUCCUCUCUCUAUCACAUUUUUGAGUCCGAAAUUUUAGGUCUACUUUUUUCUACGAAAAAUAGCCUAAUCUAGGGAGUUAAAGUGACUCGAUCCGGUUAUUUUCUGUGGGUACCAUCCUACUUUGAAGCCCUCUGGUAUCCCCACCUUUACUUUGAUCGUAAGUCUAACAUAUAGCAUGGAUAGCAUAUAGAUCAAUCUACAAUAUAGCAUAAAAUUUUUGGCGAUCGGAGUAAAUGUCACGCGGUGGUAUGUAGUAGUGAUAACGAAAGAAAGAAUUUUCGGAUUCCUCUGUCC